AUGUCGGAUAGCAUACAAGAAUGUUUACAUUUGUAUUUGGAAGAUAAAAACGGUAAAUGUUGCAUAUUUAUUUAUCUUUCAGUGAUACAUGUCGAAAGAGCAUUCACGUUAUUGAAUUUGGCGUCCAACUCAUGGAAACCUGGGAAGAACUUUGCCUAUACAAGCCAUGAUAUAUUACAUUUGGCUGUAGUUGCUGCUGAGGCAAAGCUAAGCGGUACCACCACUUCUGUCAUUAAUAUUUUUGAGAGUGUUUUUGGUGGUAAUAAUGAAUUUUCAGAUCUAGUGUCAUUAAUUUUCGCCGAAAUAUUGUUUCAGAAAAGUGAAUUUUCUAUUAGCACGAUAGGUCUGGCCAUGGGUCACGUUGAAAAAUCGAUUUACUUUGCCACUGAGAGUGAUCACCAAAUUAUUGUCAAUAAUUUAUUGAUUCUUUUAUACAAGUUUGUACGAAUGAAAGCAACAUUGUUCAAGAGAGCAGAACUACCUCUCUUUUUAAGGCCGAAGUUGAAGUUACUGAUGGAUAUGCAUAUUAAAGAUCACUCUUUUAUACUACGUUUUGGAAUACUUCUUCUCGAAACAUUCAUACAAGUCGGAUCCAGAAAGGAAGCGAGUCAGUUGUUGGAUACGUUAGCUGGUGGUGUUGCACGUCACGUUCCUGAACAAAUGGUUGAACUUCUUGCAACUGCCAGUGGGGGCAACUUAACGAGCGCUGAACGUUAUAUAAACUGGGCGCUUGGAGUGUAUAGUGGUAAUCAAACAGAAUUAUCCAUAAACCAGCCUACCAAAGUUUCUGUGUCUCAAGCAAAAGAGCGGAAUAUACCGAUGAGUGGACCACUGGCACAUAGUUUAAUCAGCUUUGGAAUAGUACCCUCAAGUCGUCUAGCAAGGCUACGAGCAAGUUUUUCUAUCGCUGAUUAUGUUUUCCUCGAUAGCACAAAAAAUCCGAGUGAACAAAGUGAAGAAUUUUUGAAAAUUCUACGACUGCUUGAAAUUCAAGAUGAAAACAACGAAUUACUAACGGAUAAACAAUUAGAGAAUAAAAUAUCAAACAUCGGAGAUUCACCAAUCGAUGAUACUAGUUAUAGUAGUAACAAUACUGAAAUGAUCAAUAACUCUGAGGAGAUCAUAGAUGAUGUGCUUUCUCCUAAGUUUUUAACCACUGAAACUCGGUAA